AUGGGCGUGAUGGCAGCAUCGCAAGCGCGACAUCUCUCACAGGAGUCUUUUGAGUAUCGUUUUCGUAGUCGUCAGAGGACCGUGACGCAAGAUAUCCAGACAGAGAAAAUGAUUGUUAAGCCUAAAAUAUGAUCUUAGAAUGAUGAACAUCUCCGCACAAAUCAUGUGCAUUAAUUGAAUUCUCAUGAGCACUCCCAUGUUCCUUACCCUUAUGGUUAUGGGGCAUUUAUCAAACCUAGUUUCUAUUAGUUGUGAUGUUGUAGGCUAGGUGUACUAGAGAUGUUCUCUCGUUACCUCAAAUAAUUGAGCAUGCUUUGAUUGUGAAGCCUAGUUCAUCGACCUCAUCCCUAGGCCUCUCCUUUGAUUUGCACAGGGAACUGAGGUGGAAAAAGGAAACUCACUCGACCAAGGGUAGUGAAAAACUAGCGCUAAGAUUGCGAUGCAGAGCGCACGUGGUCAAGAUAUGCUGAGACUGCAACAAGCGGGCUUAGCGUUCGCCGAAAACGAUCAUCUUGCUCUGACCGGUGUCGAGAAUCCGAAGCAUACGUAUGUGUACUAGUCGUGCAGGGAACAAGGUCCGAUUUUUGAUGUGAAUUAGAUGAAAAAGAAAAACGUUGUUCUUGUUGUUUUGUUUCAUGUUCUCAGCCACCUCCUGUUUUUAUGGGCGGUGGUCAUAAUCUGAUCAUAUUACGACCAAUGUACAAAUUAUUUAAAGAAGCUUCUACCCCAAGUUUACCAUAGCUUUACACUAAAUAUUCCUCACGCAUCCAUGUUCAUCAAACAAUACAGUAAAUGUAAACGUCAUGAUCGUCAAUAGGGAUAAGCCAGUGCGCGUCUACCUCUUCUUUUGUGAUUAGAUUCAUCCUCAAACUCGAUGAUUCUAAUGUUUGUGCAGUCUAUGAGUAUAAACCAAAACAAGUUUCUUACAAGAUGCAUCCCGUUCUUUCUCAUAUUUGUCUAUUGAUUAUCGCUAUCUUCAGGUCUUGUAAACAAAAAAAUGCAAUGAGGUUAAACAAUCUACAGGUCGAAAAAAAAUGAACAGGUUAAGGUACAAAGUUUGAAUCUAUUGGUAAACAAAUGAACAGCUUAAGAUGGACUUGUGUGUAAUACGUUUGAAUAGCACGAUGAACAGAAAAUAUAGUACAAAUUUUGAUCCUAUCUAUGACGAGGCUGUGAAGCCUACAAAUGUCAGCUAAUGCCGCAGCCGCUAAUGCUUCAAGAACAAGCGAAGCCCAUAACGGUACACUCGAUUUCUGAAAUUGAUCUUUGUUUUCAAUGUUAUGUCGUCCUAUAUUUCUAAUGAAUACCUUACUCAUCGAGUUUUGCUAUAGUCAAUUGUCGCAAAUGAAACUUUCUUCUUCGGGCUGUCUCUUGCUGAAAAAUUGCGAUUCUUAUGGUCAAGGUCAACCACAGUGAUAGAUUAAAAUGAAUUCCAGUAUUUUGUAUUAAACGAGAAUGCAGAAUCAAUCACCACGAUUGGGAAGUCUAUUAUUCGAAGAAGCACGGUAUGACAAACAAAUGAGACCCUUAACGGUACAAGACUUGCUAUUGCAAGCGAAAAACUUCUCAUUUCCUGAUGAACAGCAGUUACAGCAACAGACGUAGAAAAUUUUCGAUUGAAAAGGAACAGGAC